AUGAGUUCCGAACAAUGCAAAGGAUGCAGAAGAAGAACAAUUGUGGAAGAUUUCGAAACUGGGAAAUUCGUGUGUACAUCAUGUGGGGUUGUGCAGGAUUUUGUGAAUUUUGAAGCCCAGCUUGCUGACAUUAAUGGCCCUAUUGGCACCCAGAUCCGAUUAGGAACUGCCGGCUCCGGCACUGUUUAUAGUUACAAAGAGACGAAAAUUUAUCUGGCCCAGAAGAGUAUUGAAGAUUUAAUGCUUAAAUUAGGAUUAUCUUCGAGAUGCGACGACGUGAGAACCAUGGUGGAGAGAGUGACGGACGGCGAAUACGGUUCCGGGAGAUGGUUCCCGAUCUUUGUUGGUGCUUGUGCUUACAUUGUGAUGCGGAAAGACAAGAAGCCGUUGUCAGUUGUGGAAGUGGCGGAUUUGGUUGGAUGCGAUAGUAAUGAAAUGGGGCGGAUGAUCAAUCGGGUUGUGGAUUUUCUCGAUUUGAAGUUGCCGGAAUUCGACAUUAUCAGCUCUUUCGAACGUGCCGUUAAGCAUUCCCCGAGUUUUGUAGGCCUCUCUGAGGAUUUAGUUGGGGUAAUGUUAAAGCAAGGUGUGUUUUUGAUUCAGUGUUCAAUGAAGUGGUAUUUAACCACAGGGAGAAGGCCUAUGCCCAUUGUGGCUGCUGUUUUGGUUUUCGUGGCGGAAUUGAAUGGUGUGAAGGUGAAGAUUGAGGAAAUUGCCUCGGAAUUGCACGUUGCAUUUCGGACUUUAAAGAAGCGGUAUAGUGAGCUAUUGCAUAGGCUUGUGAAGGUUGCACAGGCCGCGUUACCUUGGGGGAAAGACAUUACUGUUAAGAACAUUUUGAAGAAUGCUCCUUUUGUGAUUCAGUACAUGGAGUUGAAGUCCACGUCAAGGAGGAAACAAAUGAGCAGUUUUGAGGAUGCUAGAUUUGAUUUGGAUGAUCUAAUUGAUGAUUGUCUGAAAAAGGAAAGCUCGUACGGUUAUGAUGAUAGUAGCAAUGCUGGCGAACAUAAGUUAAAGUAUUUCGAGGUUGCAGAGUAUCCUUCAACUGUGAGUGUUGAUCGUCCUGAUGAAGUACAGAUUUCUCAGAAAAAGUUGUCCACUAUUUAUUCCAAGCUUUUGGAUGAGUGUUGUUUGGUCAGGUGCUCCGCAGCUAAGAAAAGGAAGGAUGAUAACAGGCAAAUGCAUAACAUUAGUUCCGACUACAUUAGAGACUGCAGGGAGUGGUGGACAGGGAAAUCAGAGAUGAGUAGAAAACUGUUGCUGAAACAAAUAGAGGAGAAAGAUGUUGGAUUGAAUGCUGAAGCUCCGUCUUUCGACAGAGGGUUGUUGGCAUGUCAAAAGAGGAGAGCAAAGAUUAGUGCUGCUAAGUUGCGGAUACAGAAGAUUAUGCACCCAUCUGAAGUUGGCCUUGAUGCAGAAAAUAGCAGUGUCUUCCCACAAUCUGAAAGUCCUGAUGGUAAGAAAAGGAAAAAGCAUUGUGGCACUGGAACAGAUUGGGAAGAUUUCGUUAUUGAAACCCUUCUCCUCCAUCAAGUGAAAGAAGAGGAGAUAGAGAAGGGGCAUUACAAUGCCUUGUUAGAUUUGCAUGUUUUCAAUCACUUGGAAGGAAAUCCAAAGGCCCUCACCAUUAAGCAUUGA